GCUUCCCCUAGUUUUGACGCUACUCUACCUUCGGGGUGUAUUCUAAGGGACGUAUUUAUUUAUUUUAUUGCCACAAUAGUUAUAGAUGGUAUUUUUUCAAAGAUCCCUCGCAUUUUCUUCAGUAUUAUAACACAUCAGGUGGUGGAUAAGCCGAGUUUGCCAUUACUUCUUCUGAUAAAGACUGAUAAUGGCUGCUUCAAAAGAAACACAACAGUUUUGUGUUCGUUGGAACAGUUACCAAAGUAAUCUUCAGUCAGCUUUUCCAAAGUUAUUGACCAAUGAACAUUUUGUUGAUGUUACCCUUGCUUGUGAGUCAAGAAUGGUCAAAUGUCACAAAGUUGUUUUGAGUGCUUGCAGUGCAUAUUUUGAAAAACUUCUUGUACAGAAUCCAUGUCAACAUCCUAUUAUAUUUAUGAAGGACAUGAAAUAUUGGGAAGUGCAGGCACUGGUUGACUUCAUGUAUAAGGGAGAAGUGAAUGUUACACAGGAGGAGCUCUCCUCUCUUUUAAAAGCUGCAGAAGCGUUGGAAGUGAGAGGGUUAUGUGGUCAACAUGAGCAAGGUAUGGCUGAUAAGUUGACUUUACCCCGUGGGACAGAAGCUGCUCAUGACACAUCAGGACAAAAGAAAAGACGAAUGGAUAGUGAAGUAAAAGAAAUCAACACAACACCCUCAAAUGGAGAUUCUAACAAUUCUGGAAGCCAUUUGACUCAAAUGAAGACUGGUGUGCAUGACCAACCAAAAAAUGACCAUCACACUUCUACCCCAUCAACACCAUCUGGAGCCCAUGUCAAACAAGAAGCCCAUUUAGCUGAUAACGGAUUAUUCGAAGAUUUAGACGAUGAUUUUUACCAGGAUGAUAACUCUCUUCAAAUAGACGAAACUGGAUCUGCCUACUCCCUCGCUGGACCAUCAGUGCAACUUGACAGCAGUCCAGAAGGAAAUCAUUGGAAUUUGAACAACGGCUACCCAAAUGUUAUAUUGACUGAAAGCUCCAACUAUAGUACCACUCCAUCACCUAACAACAAUGAAAAUCCUGGUAAGAUUCAGAGGAUAAGGAGAUCUGAUGCUGAACUUCUCAGUGCUGCCGAUUCCAUCUGCAAAGGAAUGACUUUCCAGAAAGCUUCUCAGACCUUCAACAUCCCCAUGUCCACCAUUAGAUUUUAUAUGGCACGGAAAGGGAUGCUGCCAUCACGCAGACGUGGUCGCAGAAUAUCGCAGGGUUUGGAACAAGGGGGAGGACCAGGGAGUGGUAUGGGCCAGCCACCACAGCAACCUCAGGGACCGCAGCCCGGCGCAGGCAUGGCUCAAUCCCACCAGCCCCCACCCCACCAGGCCAUGGGCUAUUCCCAGCAACCGCCACCAACCAUGUCUCUCCAGAACCCUUAUUUUAAACAAGAGCCUUCAGGGUACUAACUCUUCGCCCCACCACCACCUAUUGACUAUUCUAGUUAUAGUAAUCUAUUUUCUACUAAAGAGUACGAUGAAAGCCAACCAUUUCAGCUCUCGUUUUCCUAGUCCUAAGCUAUUCCCAUAUGUGUGGGAGCUAUUAUGAACAGUGUGUACAGUGUUACUCCUAAACAUUAAGUGUAAUAUCAGUUAAUCUGGUAUUAUUCGACAAUCAAAAAUAAAAUUCGUUCCAGAAAUCGAUUAAUACUGAUGUAUCAUAUGGGCCAAACUUACAUUGAUUGGUCGUAAAAUUAUCUGACAAGAGUGUUCGGGAGGACGUGCUUGAGAUUUAAAAAAAAAAAAAAUUAUGGACAAAUUUGAUAUUGAUGUUUAUUGGAAUGGUUCGAGUAUUAGCUGUGUGUAUGAUGAUUUAAAACUCUGUAUUAACUCUUAUAUUAUUAAUUUUUUAAAAGGAGUUUUCAAUUUGUCUAGUGGUUCCUAGUUUGUGUACAGAUAAUGUCUGAUGGAUGAGGUAAUAUUUUAUAAAUAAUAUAAGUAGAUAUCGAAAUGUAGUUACUAAAGUUUAUAGCGUUUUAUACAUGCCAUUAUGACGGUCAGUUGUCGAUCGUAAUCACAGAUUGAUAAGAGUUUUUUUUAAAAAAAAAAAAAAGAAAAGAAAGAAAAAACAUUUCUAUGUAAAAACUGUAUUUAUUUAUUUUGUGAAUGAUUUUUUUUCUCUAAUUAUUAUUUUUUUUUAUUUGUACGAGUAUCAUCACAUGAUUAGCUGAUUUGUUGUAGAAUUUUGUAUAUUUUUUUAAGGAAAUUGAUCUCUUAUUAGUGUUUAGCUCUGGCGUAAGUGUAAAUCUGUGCAUAUAUUUAUAUAAUUCAUUUAAUGUAUUGUGUCUUUGUGGUUGUAUGUGAUGUCUACGAUAUUUGUGUUUUUUUAAAAAUAAUCUAAUUUAAUCUUUGAUCAAUUUAUUUUAGUUUAUUUAUUUUGUUUCACUAUUUUUUAAAUCCUUUGAUAUUGUUUUAAAUAUCUUCAUAUUCUCUCCUUAUUUUAAGCAAUUCCAUUGCAUGCCAACGUCCUAACUACACCCCUUUCUCCUUCCUCAAGAAAAAACUAUUAAGAGAAGUGCCGGCCUUAGGAUAUGGCACCUCUGGGCAAUGACUCCCAGGCAAUGAAUUCCAUUAUUUCUUUUCAGUUAAAGAAAUAAUGGAAUUUUUAUUUCUUUAACUGGUUUAUAAUAUGUAAUAUUUUAAUUUCAUUUGAUUUAACAUUUCAUUUCUAUAAAACAGUCACUAACAUUAAUUAUUAUCACUUUUUGUAUUUAUUUAAAAUUUUGAACAAGUUACGAGCAUCUUUAAGAUCAGCCAGCGCCCCGGGACAAAUACUCCGGUUGCCCUACCCUAAGGCCGGCACUUAUUAAAAGUUACUAUUCAGUAGAUAUUAUAUAUUGAGUUUUAGUAAUUUAAAAAAAAAAAAAUCAAAUGACAGUUUUUCUUUCUGAACAAUUGUCUUAAUUUUAGAAGGAUAAAUUUCUAUAUGUCAAUAGCAGUUACGUCUUUACCAAUGUGUCUUCUAUUUUAUAUUGUCACAUAGUUCCUCAAGUUUUUGCCUGAAAGAGUAAUGUUUAAGGAUUUUAAAUUGCUCAAAGGUGAAAUUAUGUUGUUUUUAAAAAUUAAGUUCUCAAAGGUACUGGGCCUUUAAAGAAUCAAAUAAUUGAACGAUCUUAAUUUGAAAAAGGGAACUUAUAAUGUUUUAGUAUUUAUUUUUAUUUUUAAUGUUUUAAUUGUAAUGUUUAGUAUUAUAAAUUUUAAUUUUAUGGUAUUUAUUAGAGUUUCUAAUUUUUUAAACAGUGAUAAUUAAUGUGUCGUAAAGUCAAUUUCGAAAAAAAUUUAAUUAUCCAGUUCCCUUUUUUAAACUUGACCCAUAUUUUAUGUUUUUCUCUUCCAGCAAAGCUUUGAAUAAGAAAGACUUAUUUUGAAAUAUUUAUAAUUUAAAAAUUUAAUCAAUGUUUUAUAAAGCUUAAUUAAUGUAUUGAAUGUUUCUUUUUCUUUUAGUGUAUUUUAAUAUUAAAUGAUUAUGUAUAUAUAGUUUUACCAUAAAUUUUAGGUCAUCCAAAGCCUUUUAUCGUAGUGGUCUGUAAUUAUUGCAUUAAAAUGUGGAGGCCACCUUGUUUCGCAGAAAAUACUCGCAUCUUAAGACACAUUUUCAGUCUUGGCUCCAAUUAUUAAACAAAAAAAACUUUAUUUUUAUAUAUAUUAUAUAUGUAUGUAAAAGUUGAAGAGAUUUUACCAUUGUUUUCCCUAAAUACUAAGAAUUACCAUAACAGGGAAUAAUCAUCAUUUAUACAAAAAAUAAUAAUUAUAAAAAAAAUUAAAUAUGAAACUAAUUUUCAUAUGGUUGAUUGUGUAAGAUAUCUAUUACCUAUAAUUUAACAUUUUAGCAAGUUUUGUAAAUAAUUCAUUUGUAGUCUAUUGUAGUUGUAAUAUUGAUUUUUAUGAACUAUUAAUGCCUUCGGAUUAUUGAAACUGAGGAUAUUUUAAGAAACGAUAUAAAAGUUAUUAUUAUGACGUGUGUCAUACUGUUUGAAUGCUUAUAUUUAUAUUAUAUAUAUUUUUUAUCACUUUUUUUGUCGAUUAAAAAUAAAAUUGUAAAUUUUACCAUUUAUAACUGUUGACAGUCACUUUUUAAAACACCAAUUAAAUUUUAUAAUAAAGUGAAUUACAAAUUCUUCAAGAAUUGUGUAUUCAGAAAUAGUUUUUUAAAGGCGGCUUUUGCGAGAAAAUUUCUGAAUAUCACAAUUCAUCAAUAGGUAUGUGAUAUAUAUGAAUCUCUGGCGGUUAGAGGUUAACUUUUUAGAAACACCAUUUAGGUAAAAACCUCAGGUUUUAUUUACAAUACCUCAAUUAUAUUUAUUUCUGUUUUGUUUUUAAUUUAAUUUGGCCUUGUUAUUAUCGUGUGUUUAUGGUUAUCAAUGUAAGUUUUUUUUUUAAUUGUUUAUUACAAGCGUGUAUAAGAUUACCCCAUCAAUUCUGGUCACUCCUUUUAUUAUAAUUUUUGACGAUAAUAAGUAUUCUACGUACUUACUCGAUGUUCAAUACCAAUUGGAUAACAUAAUACCGUUCAAAUGGUAAAAUGCAAAGUUCCUGGUUAAGUGUAAUUAGUAUUUAGUAUUUAUAUGCUGUGUGUAAAACUUAGUAGUUUGUAGACGCUAGUAUUCUAAAUAUAUAUUGAGAAACAAAUAACCAUAAAAUAUAUAAAUGUAUGUAUAUUCAAAAAUACAUGAACACACUCAAAAGAAUAGAAAUGUGUUGAAAAUUAUAUUUCUAGUGCUGAAUGUUUUCUUGCUACUCUAAUGCUAUAUAAAUAGAGUUAUUGUAGAGUAAGUAUUAUUGCAAUAAAUUUUAAGCUUUUUUAACAUGUGUCUUAACUACUGACGCAAACAAUGUCUAUAAUAGUUUCUUUUUUUCUUUUUUUUUUGUAAUAUUAUUAUUAACAUAAAGAAAUAUAUAUAUAUUUAAAUUGUAUUUUUUCCUGAUUUUCCAACCUUUUUUUUAAAGAAUUAUU